GUUUCUCUGAUCAUGGCUCCUGAAUCGACGGCGGAACAAGCUUCGGCGACGGAUAUGGUGAACUCAUCGCUCAUGGAAGAGCACAAAGUCGAAGAGGAAGGCAGCGAUAUCGACAGAAGGUAUAAAUACGUGCUAGGACCAGAACCGGAGUGGGAUUUGGACAGCUACGAUGGUCGUGAAUAUGAAUCCGAUCCCGAAGAUCGUCAGUUUUUCUCCGACGAAGACGAUUAUCAAGAAUUUCGUAUCCGCAAGCGUCAGGCUAUCGAGAGUAAGGGAUUUCUUCCAGAACCUUUGAGUGGAAUUUACCCAAUCCAAGAUCUUGAAGAAAGAGCGUAUCGCAACAUGACUGCUCGGGAGUUGAUGACUAACUUGUGUGUUAAGAAAUUAAACGAUGAAAAGGGAAAUACUGUGGAAUUGGUAGAGAUUGUGAGAGCUAUUGACGCAGGAGGUGCUAGAUGGAAUUCUUAUAUAACGUUUAUGGCUCGAGAGUAUUCUAAUGGACCUCUUGUUGAGUACCAAGCCAAAGUCAUGAACUAUGCAGGAAACGAGAAACCUCCUUUCCCUAUUCUUUGCAGACCAAGUCCUAAACUCUCUGUUUAAACUUGCAUCUGAGAUUGGGUAUGUUGACGCCUAGCUAACCAAGGCGCAUGAUGCAAUGAGGUUGUAGUUAUAAGCUUUAUUAUAUUAAGUGUUAAGUGUAGUGAAGUUUGGGACCUAUAUGUGUGACCUAUGAAUAUAACUCUGUAGUCCUUCUAAUGAUAUAUAUCAUUGAGGUUAUGUUCAAAUA